GGAUGGCCUGCCGCGUCCCUGCACCUGUCAGGGCCAGCUGUCCCUGCCGGAUCCCCAAACUCUCCCGGGAACCAGGCUGCAGGCUAUCUUUAGUGCUGUGCUCAGACCCUGGCCGGCCCAGGAGCACCCUCGGGGGCUCUGCUGGCCCACUGCCUCCCCUGCUGGGCCUGUGAGCACAGAAUUCACAGGCCUCCCCCUGGGUGUGGCCCUCCCCACUCCUGCAGCCGGGCCUGGGGUCCCUCCAGGCCCAGCUGACCCCACCCAGCUGGGGACGGUGGAGCCCCUGUUUGAGGUGCAGCCCAGGCCCACGUCUCCCACAUCCUCUGGAGUUCUCUGGGCAGCGCCCCUGAGAGCCCCCCAAUCCUUGCAGGCUGGGUCACGCCUCCCCUGGCUCCUCAGGGUGCCUGUGGUCCCAGCUUCGCUCCGUGUGCCCUGCUACAGCUGCAAUGGAGGCAAGGGUUCAGAGAGGUGCCCCCAGGAACACCCACUCAGCUACUGUGGCUGCACAGACUCCCCACAAUGCCCUCAUCCCUGCACACCCCAGGCUGCAACUGCUGACCCCGCUGGGCGCCAGGACAUCAGCCUCUGACUGGGUGCUAACGGGCACCCAUGGGCCCUGGCAUGUGGGAAGACCAGGCUAAGUGCUGGCCCAGCCUGCCCACCCGGCCCCCAUCUCCUCUGUGAACCCAAGGUGGGGACGGCAGUGGCAGCCCCAACGCCAGGGUUAGGGACCUGCGACCUGUCUGCCUCUAAGGCCGGGAAGUGAGGGCACACGAACUAUUUGUGGGGAUGCUUGGUGACUGGCCACUGGGUUCAUGUGCAAAUCUGGAUAAAGCACCCUUUUUUCUGGCUCCUGCAGUCCCCCCCCCCCCCAGGCCCUCCACCCACAGGCAGGCGGCCGGGAGGUGCACAGGAUAGCGGGGCUCCUGGGGAGGGGUUGGCAGGAGUGGCCUGGGAGGCUGGGGGCCCUGCUGGGCGGGGCAGGAUGGGGGCAUCCGAGUCACUGCUGACUGUCAAGCUCACUCGACAGUUGUCCGGUCCCUGGGGGACCCCAAGCCUGUCCUUGUAGGGAGUGACAGGCAGAGUGCGAGCUGUCCUGGGGGAGUGGGCAGGAGCUUAAGACAGACGGCCCGACAGGGAGGGCACAGACCAUCGCACCCACGGACCUGGCAUGGCCAGCAGGAAGACCAAGAAGAAGGAGGGGGGGGCCCUCCGGGCGCAGAGGGCGUCCUCCAACGUCUUCUCCAACUUUGAGCAGACGCAGAUCCAGGAGUUCAAGGAGGCCUUCACACUGAUGGAUCAGAACCGAGACGGCUUCAUCGACAAGGAGGACCUGAAGGACACCUACGCCUCCCUGGGCAAGACCAAUGUCAAGGACGAGGAGCUGGACGCCAUGCUGCAGGAGGCCUCGGGGCCCAUCAACUUCACCACCUUCCUGAACAUGUUCGGGGAGAAGCUGACCGGUACGGAUGCCGAGGAGACCAUCCUGAACGCCUUCAAGAUGCUGGACCCUGAGGGCAAAGGCAGCAUCAACAAGGACUACAUCAAGAGGCUGCUCAUGUCCCAGGCUGACAAGAUGACUACAGAGGAGGUCGACCAGAUGUUGCAAUUCGCAAAGAUCGACGCUGCAGGCAACCUGGACUACAAGGCGCUGAGCUAUGUGCUCACCCAUGGGGAGGAGAAGGAGGAGUGAGGGGUGCCCCCACCCCACCCCCACUGG